AUGAACAUAUACUUGGUGAAGGCUUCCAAGUCGCUCUGUUCCAUAAACACAACGGCAAUGAGUUUCAACAGAUUCAAAAACGAUGGUUUGGGUAAUUUGGGUAGUGGCGCUGGCAAAGGCGGUGGUGGUGGAGGUUCCAUCCGAGAAGCUGGAGGUGCUAUGGGUGAACGUGAAGCUGCUAAUGAAGAAGAAUAUUUUUACAUACAGCAACGGCAACAAGUAGACAAAAUCAAAAAGGAUAUUGAAUUACGAAAAGCAGAGAUAGAGAAAAACAUUGAUGAAAUCAAUAAGGCUAAAGCUCAAUUGGACAAGAUAACAGAUAAACAGUAA